GAAAAUAUCCGACUAUUCAAGAUGGCGCUUGAUUGAACAUUAGUACUUUGAUAAACAAAGUUUAUAAGUCAUAACAUGAGCGUCAAGAUUGAGGACAAGGAUAAAGUUCAUCGUGGAAAUGCCGAGGUUUGGAAGUGGAUCAAACGAACUGAAUCAGAAGCGUCAUUGGCCGUUAAUUUAGGCGAUGAAUUUCAAGUUGGUCUGACUGAUCUAGCCGAGGAUAAGGAAAUAGCAACUAAAGCAGUUGCUUUUGUUGUUAAUGCAUCGAGAAAAGGGAUUGUCAAACUUUGUUCUGAAGUUGGAUCUAUCAUGAAAGAAAGGCAAAAAUUGGAAAAGAAAAUACGAUGUCUAAAAAUACAAAACUCUUCCCUACGGCGAGUUCUAGACAAUUCUGUUGCCUCAAGUGAUUCUUCUAGUCCUGCCCCUCAAAGUUGCCAUACAGAUUCAAGAUCUAGCCUAUGCUGUAAUAGAUCAGACAGCGGAUUUCUUGUCGAUUCUCCGUCUCCCUCGUCUUCAUUUAACAGAUCACAUAGUGUUCCGUCUCCCGUUGACGACAAAUCUGUCAGGCCUAAUCUACUCACUGUUGAAAAUGAGGAAAAUCAUACCAGGGUACACAAAAAGUCAUUACCGGAGAUUGUAUCUUCUCCCGACCAAAAUGUUGUUCGAGUAAAUGCUAGAAAUUUAUUAGAAGAAAAUUUGGAGCUUAAGAAAAUGUUACAUAGAGCCAACCUCGAAAUAGAACGCCUUAAAAAAUUGUCGAGACGUCGACCAUCUAAUCAAGAAAUCUUUUUCGAAGACGAGUGUCAGCGUUCUUCUGAUUUGGAUAGUCCGAGAAGUGACAAUAGCUUUGGGGCUGUAGCCAAGCCAUUCUCAACAACAUAUCCCCUCCAACAAACUGGAGCAAUAUCGACCUGCAUUUGCUCUAGUUGUGCUAAAUUGAAAAAUAAGAGUAAUAGCUCAAUAAGAGAUGGACCAGUAAAAGUCGGCCAAAGAGUUACACUCAAAGAUCAAAGAUGGGGCAUAGUUAAAUACGUUGGCCACUUAGAGGAUACCGGUGAGCCAAAUCUAUUGUUUAUUGGUGUUGAACUAAAAACCACUAGCGGAAAAAAUGAUGGCACGUUUAAAAAUAAACGCUAUUUUGAUUGUGAACCUGGAACUGGAAUAUUUGUUUCUGUUAGCGACAUUAUUGAAGUAGGAGAUGCGACCGCUCAAGCGAUACCAAUUAUACGGCGCUAUUCAGCAGACUAUGAUGAUCCUACGGAUAGUCCAUUUAAGAAUCCUUCUCGGAAGGGCUACUCAUUACCAAUGGAAUCUUCAAAAUCCCAUCAAUUAAAAGUUGAACCUAAGCCUUCGGAGAGCUCACUUAGAUUAUGUCAGAGCGAUGGCUUAACAAGAUCAAAGUCACCUGUUCCCGAAAUGCAUAUUAUUGAUAUGGACCUAAGGUAACUUGCAUCUGAAAGUUAUCCAAUUAAAGAUGUUUAACACUUAAUUAUGACAAAAUUUUACUCAGAAAUUCUUUAGAAAUGUAGACAACUCUUAUCACUAUUAGAAAAUGACAAUAGCAGUUUUUGCUUAAUCUGAUAAAAAAUGAAAUCAAAUUAGAUUUACGUUUAGUAAGGUUGUCUUCUAUUCUGAAGGAAAUUAAAAAUCUGUGCUAAAAAUUUGAUUAACCAAACACGAAUGUGAUAUUUCUCGCUGUGAUCUUUUGUUAUUUAAUUUAGUUUUAGAAUCUCACAAUUUUUUUUUUGCUAUCUGUUCUGUUCUACAAGAAAACAAAUGUUGAAACUCAAAUAAUAAAAUUGUUAUAAUAAAAAAC